UCCCACACGAUGCGUGACGCCAUCCAUCAUUGCUCACGGCGCAUUCCCCGACGUCUACUGAACGAGCGGCGGCGCAGAGUGAUGAUGCACGGUCAUGGUUGCGACGCUGUUGGAGGCCCUGAAAUGGGAUGGCAUCUCCACCUCAAGCUCGUUGCUUCCCCACCUCCCUCGCCAUGACAGUCCCAUCACUACCCAGCAUCAAUCACCUCCUCUCCUGGCAUUGGUAUCAGGGCCAGCCAGAUGCUGUCCUCCUCAGCUUCGAGGUUGAGCAUGUCGAUGGCAACAGCACACCGGACAUGGAUGACGUUCGUCACACUCGACGCUCUCGCCCGGCUGACAAGAAGUAUCAAGACUUGACAUACCGUGAAUGCUUGACGGCUGCGCUCCUCAUCGCGGAUCACCUCAGCAGACGAUAUGCUAUCGGUUCGCAGAGCACCGUAGCUAUCAUCAGCCCCAACUCCCCGGAGAUGCUCCUGGUAAUGAUGGCUCUCUGGCUCCUCGAAUCAGUCGUAGCUCCCCUCGCGCACGACUCUCAUGCAGACAAUCUCAAAGCAAUGCUCCAAAUAGUCAAGGCAGAUGUUGUUCUCGGCGCAGGGUACGACAGCAGCAUCGCCGAUGUUGUGAGCGAAGCUCUUGGCGGAGGUAGCCUGGGCUCGCAGAUCGGAGCAGACGAUGAGCACGUAGCAGCCCUUGCAGACCGAUACCUCCUUGAUCCAACCACUCAACGUCAGGCCACCGCAGUACUCCUCUUCACCUCGAGCGGCAUUUCUGCGAAAUCCAUCAAAUGCGUCGAGACGCCUCAUAGCCUUUGGUCAGAGGGAUGCCAUGCCAUGCUCCAACGGGAGCACCCUGGCGCUUCGAGACCGCUGCGAUGCGUGGGAUGGGCGCCAUUUUCUCACAUGAUGGGGCUCGGCGCCGCCUUCUUUGCAGACGUCCUCUGCUCUCACGGCACCUACAUCUUUGUUCCUGAAGAAGACGGAGCGCCUCUACCCGCUCGCCUUCUCAAGUGCAUCCAAGCAAGCAGCGCAACACACAGCGCCGUCUCUCCAAUCUUCCUCGACUACUUUCAAGAGCAUGCGGAUGACACCGGGCUGCAGGGGUACACACUCGCCGUGGGAGGGGCAGCUCCACGACCCUCUCACUGGGAGUGGGCUCAGCGAGUCGGCGUCAAUCUUAUUCAAGCGCCAGGCUCAACAGAGUGCGGGCCAUGGGGAACCAGCGUGGCUCCUCCUGGCGUACGCACUGGAGCUGACGUGCCAAAAGACGCAGUCUGGCCACGCUCUGAUCUCCAAGUCUGGCUCGACGGAGAUGGGAAUGAGGGCGAGCUAAUGAUCAAGGGCAGCAAUAUCCUCUCUCGCUACCGCGACAUGAACAAGACAACCCUGCAGGAUGUAGGCCAAGAGGUGCGCACAUUUCGCACGGGCGAUAUCUUCCGACGACAUGCCGAGUCGGGCGGCUUGGUCUACGAGUGUCGUCUGGACGACUUGAUCCCGAUGGCGUCUGGUGAAAAGGUGCCAGCGCUGGAUCGCGAAGAGAGAUUGUCUGCGCAGCUGGGCAUUGUCAGGGCUUGCAUCGUAGGCGAUGAGGUGCCUUGGGAGGAGGGUGGGUUCGUGCUGCAGCCGAGCAACAAGCUUUACGCCGUGAUAGAGGUCGAAGAGCGGCUCAGCGGUCAGGAGAGGCGGGAGGCGGCCGAGCGAGCGGUGCGUGACACAAAUGGCGAGACGGAGAAGCAAGCGCGAGUCCUACUGGGCGACAUCAUCGUCUUGUCCGCGGGAGAAAAGCUGCCUCUCACUCGCAAGGGAACACUCUGGCGCAAGAAGGUCUGGGCUCGCUUUCCUCAGCUACUGCGCGACCACCUCAGCUCGACAAAGGAGCCCAAGCUGGCCGCUCAAUUGGCCGACAUCUUUGCGCGUCAUCUCGCCCUCGACUCGUCCUUGCUUCUCUCACUCUCGGCCCCUACAUUCGAGGAAGCUGGAGCGUCCUCCCUUGUCAUGCAGGCGGUGAUUAAGGAAGUCGCGUCAGAGACGGGCCACGUUCUACGCCUUGCCGACCUCUGGUCCUUCGCUACGGUUUCCGACCUAGCUCAAGCACUCUGCGUGCGGCCAGAGACGGCAGCGAAGGCUUCGCCGAAGCAAGAAGGCGACGACGUCAACGCAGUAGGCAUCUGCGGCGUCUCGUUGCGCCUACCAGGCGGCAUUGACCACACAUCCGACCUCUGGGAAGCCCUCCUCGGCGCGCCAGACGGCGAGAGAGUGUACGACGCCAACAUACCGGAGCGAUGGGGCAAGACAAGCAUGGACCGGCCCGAAGUCAACGCCGCGGCAAGUCGAGCUCGAUGGUUGCCCACGUCUUCUUUCACCGACUUCGAUCACGCUCUGUUCGGCAUUACAGCAGAGGCGGCGCGCCAUGUCAAUCCCUGCACGCGGCUGGGCCUCAUGCUCACGAUGGAAGCCUUGGAGAACGUGGGUCUCAAGGCGGAAGAGUGCCACAACUUGGUCCCAGGCCAGGCUACGGGGCAAUGCGUGGGCGUCUGGGCAGCUCAAAGCGACAGCGCCGGUCCUCGCUUCAGAGAGUUUGAGCUGCGCGGCAUGGACAGCUACGAUCGGUGGUACCCACUCGGGGCGAGCGAGAGUGCCAUGGCUGGUCGAAUAGCCCACUCUUUUGGCUUCCAUGGUCCGACGAGCACGGUACAAGCUGCGUGUGCGAGCAGUCUCGUUGCGCUGCAUCAAGCCGCAACCGCUCUCGCAGCUGGCGAAUGCGAUGUAGCCGUGGUGGUCUCGGCCACCACGGACGUUUGGCCUGCGGAGCUCGUCUACCUGCAAAAGUCUGGCCUACUCGCUCCAAACGGGCAAGCUCGAGUCUUCUCAAAGGAUGCAGACGGAUUCGUGCCGUCAGAGGGCGCCAUUGCCUUUGUUUUGGCCCGAUCGGAUCGACUGCCUGCGUCGAUGGGUAAGAUCGUCACCUCAUCCGUCGCCCACUCGGGCAAAGGCGCCGCAAUGGCUGCUCCAAACGGCUUCGCGCAAGAAGCCCUCCUCAAGUCUAGCCUGGCAAAAAGCGGCAGAUCAAUCGACGAUGUAGACGUUCACGAGGCUCACGCGACUGGCACCCAGGCAGGCGAUGCCAUCGAGCUCGACGCGCUAGAGCAAGUCUUUGCUGGGCGUGCCACGGUCAAGCCUCUACUCACUGGGUCUGCAAAGGAGCGCUUGGGUCAUCUGGAGGAGACGGCUGGUGCCCUCGGCUUGCUCAAGGUCAUUCUUGCCAUGCAUCAUCGACGCUGGCCAGGCAUGGCGGCAGAGGAGAACAGACUGGCUUCACCGCGCAACGUCAAGAUAGCGCAGACCGGCGUCAGAUUGGCGAAAGAUAGACCGUUGCUGGGCAGCGUCAGCUCAUUUGGUCUUACCGGGACGCUAGCACAUCUUCUCGUCCAAGGUCCAACGGCGCCUGCGAAGAAGGACGUCAGGGAGGUCACGAGUGAGCCCACGCCCCUGCUCAUCACCGCUCGUGACGAGGCGUCGUUGCGUGCGGCCUGUGAAAGGUGGACAAGAUUCGCUGCCGAUCCGCCUGUCUCGCUGGCUACAGCAGCAGCACAGACUCAGUCGUCUCGCAUUCACCACUCUCAUCGAAGAGCGGUGAUAGCUCGUGACUGGCAGGAGGCCACAGAGCAGCUCAAGAGCCCGUACAAGCAGCGCACCCGAGCAACCACCCUACGCGUCCUCUUCUCUGGACGAGACGACUCCUUCGACGAGUGUCUGGCUGACGCCCAUCGCUGGCAGGAUCUUGCGCCUACGGCUGAACUAGUCGCAUUCGAUCGGGCGCUCAUCGCCCUCGUCGCAGCGCAAGGCAGCAUGUCAAUACAUGCGGGGCGUCAUCUGUGGGAUCUCGUCUCCACAGCUGAGGAGGGAGAGCUGCUCGUAGAGACGCGCGAGGGGCCUGGUGCUUCCAGCAAAUUGGCUCCCGACGAGGACUUCAUCAUCGGUGACGGCCAGACCUACGUCGCUACCAAGUCAGGUCGACGAUACACCGCCCCCUCACUCGAGUCACUGCGAGAGUGGGAGAGCGAGCACGGACCUGCCACUCUCAAACACGCCAUCUUGUCGCCAUGGACGGGCAGAGUGCUACCGGCGGGCUGUCCGAUCGGCGCCGGCUUCUGGGCCAAGCAUCUCAACGGUCGUGCUUGCCUGCCGCGCCUCUUCGAUGAUGUAGACGGUUUGGUGCUCGACGGACACACGGGAGCGGCUCUCAGCCUCGACGGGGAGAGUGUGUUGAGCCUCUUCUCGUCCGCCCCACGCCCCGCCUCGCUCUCGAAUGUAGGCGCUAUGCUCUUCGAGCGUGGCAUCGACAUCAAGUGGCCCGGCACGACGCCCACGCCUACGCGUCCGCACCCGCUCCUUUCCCUCCCCAAUACCCCCAUCCUCGGCCCACGCCUCUGGACAUCUGCCUGAACGUAGCGCUGCGUCUCGCGAAAACAUGUGUAGCAUUGCGCGUAAUAAGCAAAUCCAAGAGUGACAAGAAUGUCCGUAACGAUAAAGAAGAGUCCAUGUACCUGUGCUGCGCUGCAAUGCGAUGCAAUCUCUACGCUAUGCCCUCCUACCGAGUCCGUUCGAGCACUCGCGCCAGAGCGACUUGGAGAGCCCGAUCCC